CCGACCGGCCUCUCAUUCUAGAGUUGGCUUGCUCUUGGCGCUGCACGAACGGUUUAGCGCUGCUCCCCGGCGCACGGCAAGCGAGCUCCUGGCAGUGUGCGGUCUGAAUGAGGUUGUUUACCCUUGCCACAGCAAGCUGAAAGUCUCUUUGCUCUGACGUGACCUCCAUAGAAGGACCAAAGUGAAAACUGCAACCUGCCAAGCCAUUCAGACACCUAUCGCCCACCUGGAGCCUGUGAAGGUGAAGAUGGAUGACGGUGGCAGAGCUGCUAGCGGAACCUCAGUUCCGCAGACCAGUGGGGGGGCAACUGCUAGGAAGAGUGUGCCAACUGCUUGUCCCCCCGCUGCCAAGCAAAAGGCCAGCAAGCCCCCCCAGCCAGCAAACAAGGUUCCCAACAAGAAGCAGCCAGCAGCCUCUGCAGCUGCUUCUUCAGUUCCUAGUGGAGCUUCCAGAACACUUGGAAAUGGAACUGCUUGGAAGGCCAACAUGCCGCAGCCAAAGCAGCCGGCAUCCAAGACUAGUAACGUUGACAACUUGUCUGCUAGAGCGACAAUGAAAAAGGCCACAGGGGUCAAGACAAGUGGGUUGAAGACUUCAGAAAAGAGAGCUACAGAGAAGGAAGUGCAGCAGAAACCUCCAAAGGUGACCACACCGCCCAUAGCAUCAAAAGCACCUUCAACAAAGCCCAGCAGAGCUGAACAGACUAAAACUUCCAGGACUUGGUUGCCAGGAACAAAGAAUUCAACUUCAUCCUCUUUAAACAGAACUGCUUCUAAUGAUAAGAAUGUGGGCAAACAUAAGCCAACACCACCACCUGCUGGUCAGGGCACAUCAGCACAUCAGCAGAAAAAUACUCUGGCAACACAGAGAGAUGCCUCUAGAGCUGCCACAGUUUUAAAGGCCAAGGUUUCAAGCUCCAACCCUUCUGUGAAGGUGACACCUGCCUUAAAGCCUCCCAAACACUCCACCUCCAAAUCACAAUCUGAGCAAAAUCUCAGAGAGAGGAAUGCAUCUAUGAACAGCAGGUUUGCGACAAAGAAAAUUUCAGACCCCAGCAAGCCCCAAAUUCAAGCCAAGGGGGCUGGUGGGAGUCUGCAUCCAACCACUCCUCCGAGAGCCCCUGCUGCUGCUUCCAAAGCUCUGCCUCCUUCAGGCAAGAAGCUUCUGAAGAAAGAUACUCUUUCCAGUCGUGAGCAGGUGUUGCCCCAAAAGAAGCCUCAAGAGACAAUUGCCAAGGACAGUGGCAAGAAAACCACCAAGGAAGCAGAGGGCGCUUCCAACAAGGAUGCGAAGCUUCUAGAAAAGCUGGAAUCUGCAGCAGCUAAAGAAACUGUUGACCAGCCGCUCUCCCAGGAGACUGAAGACUGCUGCGUAACAGUAGUAGGGACGGAGCCGACGGAACCAGGAGAUUCAGAAGAAGGCAGAGCUGAACAGACAAACAUUAACGCUUCAGAAGGGCUUCCUCCCGCAUUUCUUGAAGCACCUCUGAUCUGCCCUGGAGCACCAGAUAUCAGUAUAUCCUCUGUUAGUGAGAUACCUCCCUUGACUACGCUUGAUGUCCUGGAGGUACAUUGUGAAAAUGGCGAUGAAACACAUAAUUUAGAGCCAGCGCUCCCUUAUGAAACAUCUCUUCCCGUUCAGCUGGAGCUCUCUCACCCAACUUCCCCAGCAGAAAUCUUGCGGCAAGAAGAAGAAGAAGGCAUGGCCUCUGAGCAUCUCAGAAAACAAACCCCUCAUUUGGAUGCUCCAGUGGCUAUUGAGCAGCCCCAUUUCUUGCACAACCCCGACACGUCUUCUCUUGAUGUGUGUCGUAUUUCAACUCCAUCCCUUCCAGCUGAGGAUUCUCAGAUUUUAAUAAAUGAGCUGGAGAGAUCUCCUUCUUCCGAGUCCUUGACUUUAGAUUCUGAAUUGCUUGAAGAGACUCAAACUAUAAAGCUAGUAGUUCUGCCAGAGCCACAGGAAGACCCCAGUCUUUCAGCAGAGCAGUCUCUCUCAGCUAGCCAGUUUGAUCCUACCUUAAAAACUGUGACAGAGUCUCUAGCAGCAGGCCACAAUGACAGCACUGAAUUGGAAGUGGUGAACAAAAUGUUGAAUUUGUGUCAGAACUCAGAGGAAGAACUGCAAAAGGAAGUGGUAUCUCUAGAGGUAGGAAAUGAAAGACUGAAGAGCCCCCUAGAUCUUGCAACUAAAUAUAGUGAGCUUGCACAGAAAGUAGUCCCUUCUCAGCAGGUGGAGGAUGGGCCUUGUGCUCCUACUCAUGCUGAAAAUGAGCUAAUGGAAGUUCUGCAAGUAGCAGAUCAUUUAAUAAUGGGAGCAGCUACUCAGUACCAAACCCGUCUCCCUGUGUUUGUAGCAGCAACCUCAAUCCCGACACAAUUGUCUGGAGAGCCUUUUGCCGGCUAUGAUGACCAGUCUAGCAGCUUAGACGAAUAUCCCACCAUUGGAGAACUUGAGGAUGAUGCAGUCAUUCCAGAAGAAUGCACGAGUAACAUGAAGCAGGAAGAGGCCAAUCAAUACGAAGCUCCAGACUCCUUAGUUCACCCUUCAGGGGAGCUCUCACCAAAUAGUGGUACUGCUCAGCUGUCAGUGCCCAAACCUCAGAGCUUGCCUUUGAAGAGCUUGGAGUUGUUACAAGAAUACCCAAUUGAGUUGACUGAAAUGCCAGAGUUGCUGUUAAGUAGCACGGGGCUGAAAGCUCUCUCCCCAGAGAAGGGAGGCUCCUCUUCCAAAUCCAGCACCUUAAGUGGGCCUGAUCUGGCAGGUAAGAGCAGCAGUGAAACUAGCACGCCUGAAGAGCUGCGGGAGUAUGACAGUAGCUCUGGAGUUGAGUCCAAGUCAGAUGAGAAACUCGAACAAACUUGUCAUCAGCUCCUGAGUCCCUUGGAGGACCUCCCUGGGGAACUUGAUCUCGGCAUCCACAUGGAAAAGGGAGAUGAUGAAGCGGAGACCCUGCCAGCAGAUGAAGUCCUUGGAGAUCCACCUACUGAGCCCACUGUAUCCUCCGAGGAAGAAGCCGAACUGGAUGCGGAUCUUCUGAAGGAAGCAGGCUUUCCCAAAACGGUAUGCCUCUUGACCUCUCCUCUCCCAGCCAAGUCACAUUUGCCCCAUUCAGUAGAGGAGUCUGAUGAACCAGGUUCUGGGGAUGCCGGCACAGAAACCCCAGCCUCGACCAACUCUGCAGCUUCGUGUGAUGUCUUUGGUGCCUUCCAUCUCCAUUCAACUGACAGCUGUGGCAAAAGCCCAGGCCUCUCUUCCCUGGACAGCGAAGAGCACUCCACUGAGGGCACUAAGGAGACCUGCAGCAAGAUCCCCAUAGAUUGGGAGCAACACUUGCACCUCACCCCAACACCCUUGAAUACUGGAGGGCACGAAGAAGAAUCGUCACAGCCUUUCUCUGCUGCUCAUAGUCUGACUGCAGGUGACAAUGGGGCUGGCUUGCCCUUCCCCUGGGAUCCAUGUCCAUCAGAGAUCCUCUCCACUAUCUAUGAAGUAGAAAGUGGUGCUGAAACACCUGGCCCAGAUGAAGAGGAUGGGAGCUGUUGCUUGCGUGCCGCCUCCCGAGAACAGGCUCUUCAGCUAGGAAACAUCCAGGCUACAGUCGUACAGCAGCUAAUCAGCCGGGCCCUGCUCUUCCCAACAGAAGCGCCCCCUGGGGCUAUCAGUGGGAAGGGGGCCAUGAACAGCGAAGCCGAGAUUGGCAAAUGGACAGAACUGAUCUCCCCUUUGGAAGAAUCUCGAGCCAGCAUCACUUCUGUGACAAGCUUUUCCCCAGAGGACAUGUCAUCCCCACAUGGGGACUGGACUGUGGUAGAGGUAGAAUCUUUCCACUGAUUAUUUCCCCUCUCACAAGUUAUAUACAUAUAUAAAAGGCAUUUUUUUUGGAGGGGAACCACUGCUUUUCAUCCAAGUGUAUCUAUUAAAUGUCCAGGAAGGGUCAAGUAUUAGCUGACUGGAGAUAUGGCUCUCCCCUUUGUCUUCAGCAGCUAAUAGUAUGAAUAGUUAAGCACUUCUGAAUCAUGAUUACUUUCGUCCCAUGCUGUCUUAGGCCUUGGAUUGUUUUUGGUUCAGCAGACUGACCAACCUUUUAUGUUUGGGACUUACAGGGCAUACACUAAUUUCCAGAGGGUGAGGCCCAUCUUUUAUUUAGUUGUAACGUGAUUGUGCCAAUUACUGAUAUCACUGUCAAAUAUGAUAAAAAUAAAGCUUCCCCUCCCACAUACUUUGAUAAACACUACAAUGUUCUUCAUUAAUGAAAGGUAUCAGUAACACAAGAUGCUAGUGGCCCUGAUUACUGACAUCUCAUGGAAAGCUAUCAACAUUUGGUUGCCAGGCUGCCGAUAUUUGAUUAUUAUUUUUUGGUCAUAGUAAACUUUCAAAACCAAAUUUCCUGGAAAAGCUGUUUUACCAUGAGAGGUAUUUUUAAAAGGAAGUAGCAUCUCAAAAGUUGUGCCCACAGAAUACACUUAAGAUGAGAGCUAACAGAUGAAGUUGUAUAUCAUCAAACGGUCUGGAUUUGCACAAUAUUUUUGGCACAAGGACAUGGAUUAAUUCAAAAAGUAGCUUAAAUGGGUUAUGUGAAUGUAGCCAGCAUGGAAGAGAAAUUUACAAAUGAGGACAUCUUAAGUGUUUUUGAAUAAUUGGUGUAUCUACUAUUUAGAAUGUGGUCACUCUAUGCCCCUUGUCUACUUCUAUGAAGUGGACUACACAGCAACAUAUGCAACCUAUACAGUGGCUGGAAGAGACCUUAGACUCAAAGAGAGGUGUACUUUAGCAUCCUAAACAAGACUUGGUAAGAAAAGGCUGCUAAAUACUCAGUUUGGGACUUCUUUUUUUCAAAGAUGCAAUUUGUAGACCACUUGAACUUCUAUCUGAAGUGGAAAAGUUAGGGACAUAGAAAACAUAGAGAGUUAGGGAAAACAAAACAUAGGGACCAAAUUUUGUUUUGAUGCAACAGAUUCUUAGACUUGUGCUAGCCCAAGCUUCAUGCUUACGUAGCAAGUAGCUAACUUCCUCCCCCCUGCACUUUUCCCCCCAUAACCAGUGGUUAGGCCUGGCCAAGUAGAGCUGUAUGUGUGUCAUUGUAAGAGGCUUUCCUGACUUGAUUGUGGGCCAAUGCAGUGGUGGGAUGAGGAACGUUUGGCACAACUCUUAAGUUGUGAAUUACAAUUCCAAGCAGCCUCUGACAAUUUGUGUAACUGUUCAAUGUUGAGACAUUUUUCAGUAGCAUCUAGAGCAAGGGUCUUCAAACUUGGCAAGUUUAAGACUUGUGGACUUCAAC